AUGCUUUCUAUUUGUGGGCAUGGGGGACUGGAUGAAUUUGAUGUUUUCAAGGUAUCAAGAGUCAUUCUUGAGGCUGUUACUGGAUCAACCGAUGAUGAUAAUAAUAGAGAUCUAGAGAUGGUUCAUUUGGAAUGGAAAACCAAUUUAAAUGAGAAGAUGUUGCAAAAGUCCUUUGUUUUUCGUACGCGUAGUAAGGAAGUUGCUUCUUCUACCAUGCGGUCAGAAGAAUACUGCCUACAACAAUUACAGGGAGAUGAUUGCUGGAAGUUGAUUGCUAAAUAUGCAUUCCAAGAUGAUGAUCCUCAACCAAAUCCAGACUGCAGGGAGAUUGGCAUGAAGAUAGUUAAAAAAUCAUUCAGAAUAGUGAGUAUUGGUGCCGAUUUUCAUGGGAACAACUCUUGUUCAUUUAAAUCCCUUGAAACAUUGCACUUCUCCUAUAUGAAAGGGCACCUGCCAGAGCAAGUUGUUCCUUUGAAACUGGGCUACAAAUUCAUGACUGUAAACAACUUCAGGCUUCCGCUCCCAGGGCUCUAA